AAAGGAAAACUCAAGUGACUCUGAAUGAUAAUAAUAAGGCUGCGUUGUUUAUCCAAAGAAGGGGGUUGGACUUCUGCUCAAUUCGCCAAACUCUUCUAAAUUUCCAUUUUCUUCCCCUCUCACAAAACUUCACCACUUUUGUGUUCACACGACUGCCUCAAUCUCACUUCCACCGCACCGCCGACCAAGGUCAGAGUCAGUGACCGCCCACUGGAACUGGCAACGCGGCACCGAACCUCUGCGGACCCCGGCGGCAGCUUUUUGUUUUUCUUGGGAGUUGGACUCACUGGCCGAAUAAACGACGGAGUAACAGACUGUGACCUGUACGUAUGGAGGAAGCCUCAACAACGAAGGAGUAGCUAAAUAAGCCCAAACAAACGUUUGUGAAGUUAUACGAAGUGACACCAUGUUGGGAAACCCAGGAUCUUAUGCUAACAAGAAGAGGAAGAAGCCUGUUCUCAAACAUAAGAAGGUCUCGUCGGACGGCAAUGAAGUCGUUAAAUCAAACCCUUCCAAGCGCCACCGGGAUCGGCUGAACGGGGAACUGGACCGGCUGACGGACCUUCUGCCCUUUGAAGGGGAGGUUCGCACUCGUUUGGACAAGCUGUCGGUCCUUCGCCUCAGCGUGGGUUACCUGAGAGUCAAGAGCUACUUUAAAGCGACCAUGAAGAACAGCAGCAGCAGUCUGAUGUUCUCUGGAGUGAACGGGCAGAAUGGGAACAACGCGGACACCGCAGGCUUCUCUGAGGGCGACCUACUGCUCCAGGCGUUGAACGGGUUUGCGAUGGUGGUCACGUCAGAAGGAUCGGUGUUCUACGUCUCUUCCACCAUCAAGGACUACCUGGGCUUUCAUCAGUCGGAUGUGGUUCAUCAGAGUGUGUUUGAGCUCAUCCACACUGAUGACCGGGCCGUGUUCAGACAGCAGCUUCACUUUGCUCUAAACCCCCCAUCUGUUGGCACGGAUGUAGAUGUGUUGAAGAGUUGUGGUAGUACGGUGAUGUACAACCCUGAGCAGCUUCCCCCAGAGAACUCGUCCUUCCUGGAGAGGAGCUUUGUGUGUCGCUUCCGCUGCCUCCUGGACAACUCCUCUGGCUUUCUGGCUCUGAAGUUCCAGGGGCGACUGAAGUACCUCCAUGGCCAGAGGGUUUUGAACGGGGACUGUAACAAAUCUCAGCUGGCACUCUUCGCCAUUGCUAUGCCCGUCCAGGCUCCAACCAUUGUGGAGAUCCGAGCUAAAAUGCUCCUCUAUCAAACCAAGCACCAGCUGGACUUCACACCCAUGGCCGUUGAUAGCAGGGGAAAGAUUAUCCUGGGCUAUUCAGAGACUGAACUGUGUACGAAAGGCUCCGGCUACCAAUUCAUCCACGCAGCCGACAUGAUGUACUGUGCCGACAACCACUUGCGCAUGAUGAAAACAGGAGAGAGCGGUCUGACGGUUUUCAGGCUCCUGAGUAAGUCGCGUGGCUGGGUGUGGGUGAAGUCCAACGCCAAGCUGAUCUACAAAGGAGGAAGACCUGAAUUCAUCAUCGCAUAUCAGAGAGCUUUAUCCAACGCUGAGGGCGAGGAAUAUCUGCAUCAGAGGAGGCUGCAGCUUCCCUUCAGCUUCACCGCAGGAGAGGGCAUCCUCUACAACAACGACGCCACCGUGGACGUUGAACAGUUUCAGUUCAACAAAAUGUUCAGCGACGUUAACAAAGUGAAGGAGGACGUGACCCCCCGCUCUUUGCUGGACUGCUUCCUGAGUCAGGAUGAAACCGCCUACAUGCCGCGGACGGUGGACACCCCUCUACCCAUGGACCAGGUGUUCAUGGACAGCCAGGCGCUGGUCAGCAUCGCCAGUGACUCGUGGCAGGAUGACGGCACCACGGCCACAACCAGCGAGCCCGUCGUCGUGAAAGAGGAAGCCAAGCAGUCGGUGAUGGCUGUGAUCGACAACCUGGAACAAAUGGCUCAAAACGGGGACUUCUGCGCAGCGUUGGAGAACCUGGAGGUCGGUGACGCAGAGCUGAUGGAGUGGAAUAAUGCCCUCAAGAGAUUAAGCCAGGACCAGGAUCAGCAGAGCAACGUCAGGUCCGAGCUGGACAGCAUCCUCACGAAUGACAUAUUUGACUACAUCGACACGGUUUUGUUCAAGGAGAAGGGAGAAGAUUGUCUAAAAGGCGGCCCUCCCAGCUGCCUCACGGCGGUCCACAACAAUCAGCAGGACCCCACCGCUCAGGCUGCCCGGCUCUCAGCCGCUGGACUCGGUGACCCACAGCUGUUCCAGACCCCGAGCCCCGAUCGUGUUUACUCCCCAAUGAAUGGUCUCUAUGCCCACCAGCAGGACGCAAUGACUGGCCCAGCGAUCGCAGGGCGUAGCUUAGUAGAGCCCACGCAGAUAUUCAGCGGCGCCCAAAAACUCUCCCACCACGGUCCCCUGAUCACUCCGGUUGACACCAACCUGCCCCCUCUUCAACAGCUGCAGCUCCAGGACAUUUUCAGCCCGUCCAUAGAGCUUCCAGAGCUCACCGUCCCUGACGCCUCGGGCCCUUUUCAAUCCUGUGGGCAGGCGUCUAUCAGCCACAUGGGCCGCCCUCAGGGGACUUCAGCACAGACGCAGUCCAACCGGCUUCUGCAGUGUCUUCAAAACAAUGCGCACGCUCCUGCAGUAGCAGCGAAUGGACCGCUGCUGCAAAGCUCCGUUCCACAACCAAACAACGUAGCGCCCGGCAUAAUAGACAUGUUGCCAGCCCUGAUUCCGUGCAGUGACUUUAAUUCGGCCAGCACGCCUAAUAUUCCCAUUCCCUUUGCCUCAACAUGUCUGCAAGGAAGCCCCUCUUUUGAAACGCACAACCACCAGGUUCAGCAGUGGCCGCAGAGCCACAUGCAGAAGCUGCCCCACACUGGCAUCGUGCAGAACGGACACAAGCUGAUGCCAGCGUGCCACAGCCUAACGCCAGAAAGCCAGACGUUCCCACAUGCCGCCGGCCUUUGGCCAAGGGACGUCAGCGGACUGAACGCCACUCAGCAGCACGCAGGGCUGAUGUGUGGCCAGGCAGCCACUCACAGCAGCUGCAUGUUCAACCAGCACUUUUCAUCCGGGCCAGCAGGAGGCGACGUCCUGGCUCUGUCCGGGCCUCCAGGCCCCCUGAGGGGGGCUGACGCGUCUCUGGAUCAGAGUCCUUCUCAAGGUUCCUGCUACUUCCAGUGGAGCCACAGUGAGCACGUGGUGGGCACGUCAGCCAUCAACCAGGAGAACGUCAACAUCAGCCCUCUGACCGCUCCGGCCAACAUGCCCGCUACAGAGCACGCACUCAACAUUCAGAACUACCUGGAAUACCAAAGACACACACAGGGGGAACGAGUCUCCGCUGAAAGCAACAGGAUUUUCGACGCUCCUGCUCUCGAUGUCUCCACUGUGUAGCCGACAGUGGAGCCAAGCCACGUUGUUAUUUCUGUCGCGACACGUCCAGGAGGCCAAAACUCAGUAUAGUUUGCCUGUAUCAGUGCUUAUCCACAGACUCUCAUGUCUACCCUCGUCGUCAUAACUUUUUUUAUCUCCGUAUCAUUUAUACUUUGUCCAGUCUGUAAUGUUUUAGAAUCUGCUGCUUUGUGAGUUUUUAGUGAAGAUACACUAUAGUAAUAAUGAAGUAUGAAGCCACAAGUGCAUUUACCAGGAUGGAGCUUAAGCCAGCUAGGAGGAUUGGUCAAGUAAAUCCAAAUAGCCCAAGAAACAGGUUGUUAUAAGGGAAAGCAGGUUUUAGUCACGUCCUUGUUUUCAGCCAGGGACAGCGUGUAUUUAUCUCCCAAGUAAAAAUACCUGAAAAUGGGGGGGAAAAAAACGAACAUUUUAAAUAUAAUCAUUCUAAACUUUGAUGCUUACAAAGUGGAGACUUUUUCUAAGAGAAGUUGUGAUCAUCUUUAUAAAUAUCAGUGUAAAGACUCACUGAAAGUGAAAGCUACCUGAAAGCACAGCUGUACCUUGAAAUUAAUACUAUUACAGAUAAAUAAAUCUGUAGAUUUUAAAUGGACCCCUUAAAUGUGGUUGAUGUAAAGUGUGUAAAUACACGCUGUAGUUGUACUCGUAUUUGUUUCACCAAAAGGUUGGCUUUGGCUCACAAAAGUCUCCUAUGUACAGAUUAUGCCUCAGCAUGUAAUCCACGUGUGCAGCGUAAACGCAUUUUUAUGGAGAAUGCUUUCCGGUCGGAGAUGCAGAGAUAUCUCAAAUCCCAACAGUAAACGGAUAUAUAUAUAUAUAUAUAUAUAUAAUCAGGAAAAAUGUUUUGCAAACUUCUGUCAGGGAUGCAAACAUUUUGGUUUGUCACAUUAUUUCUAUUUCAGUGACAUUUUUAAAACUAGAAGCAUAGCUGCAGUUGGGUUAAUGUGAAUGCACCGCUGCUAAUUAAGACCUGUACUUGUGCUGUUGUUUUUUUAGAUGCACCUUACUCAUGUCUAAAAAAAAAAAAACUAAAAAAAAAGCAAUGGAACUAAAGGUAAACUGCAAGUGUGCCACUGAGCUUUCAGAAAUCACUCCAUCAAAAAUCUCUUCAAGCUCGUCAAACGUACCGCGCCACAUUCCCCAAAACUGUAAUUAUGCGCUCACUCGUCCAAACAAAAUGCUCAGUGAUUGCAAGAAAGAAAGUCAAAUAACUAGCAUGAGUUACAGUCAAAGAGUGUUAAAAAAAAGAAAAGAAAAAAAGGUUACAGUAGAAGCCUAAAUGAUCUCCCAAUAUUCUAUGUCAAACCAAAAACGGAUGUACUUUUAGGGAAAGCUUAUUCUUUCUCAAAAAUGCUCAACCACACUGACAAAAGGGCCAACUCCUCAGAAUGUGUCUCCACACUAGACACGGGGCCCCCCCCCUCUAGAUGAGACAUUUAACAAUACUAAUGCUGCAUUUAGGUGCGCUUUAUCAACUUUUAAGUUAAAAACAUUCACAUCUACCAUUCACUGCAAACCUGCCCUAAGAUGGAUACCAAAAUGAUGAAAGCCAGUGUUAAUUAAAUGAGCACGUGAUGGACAACUAUUAAGCAAUGUACAGUAUCGGUUUAAGAUAAUAUAUCGCUACAACUUGUGAAUUCUUCUUACAUUUAUUCACAUCUUUCAAAGAUGUGAAUAAAUGUAAUGUCUUUUACUAAUCUUCUACCACCACCACAAUGGAAAGACUUGAUAAAUACAACAUGGAAUCAACUGACUUCACAAGUUAUUGCCUGAAUCCACUUUUAAACAAAUGGUUGAUGGACUUCUUCAAGCCUUUAAAAAGAGUCAGCCCUGUCAACCUGUUGUAAUGUUCUAAAAAAUAAAAAAAAUAAAAAGCUAACUUGAAAGGAUGCAGUCCCUAAAUUUGGACACAGGUGAUCCUCCCUACCUUCAACUCUGUCCUCACCCAUAUAGACUUCUGUUCAAUUCUCCUAUAUAUUGUUAUACAAAAUAGAAACACCCUAAAAUAUAUAUAUUGCCUUAACCAAACAUUCAUUUAUAUGAUCGCAUACAGCAUGGUCAUAUACAUUUUCGUGUGCCUUCAUGCUGAAUCGGCAGCUUAAAAGUAUCUUCAUAUAAAUAUAUCCGUGCCUUCAUGUAUAAAAGCAUCUUAAAAUUAUAUUUUACGCUUGUAGCGCUUGUUUUUUUUUUUUGCAAUUCUUAAGAGCUGCACUAAUUUGAGUGAAGCCAUGUCCAUAGGAGAUGCAGUAUCCUUACUGUAAAUUUAAAUUUGUAUCCUUAAGUGUGCUUAAAUGCUCUGAGGACUUUCUUAAAGUCUAUUUUCCAUUACACAAACGUCCUUAACAAUAGAAACAAGGGAAACACGCUUAACUCAACCUAUCUCCAUAGAGAUGGUAAGAGUUCUUUCGUUGAUAAGCAAGCAAGUAUUUAGUACCAAGAAUGAGAAGUUUAAACUGGUCUAACAAUGCAUUCAGAUCAUAUUUACUUUGCUUUGUCGAUUUCCUGUUUGUGCUCUUCAUGUUGGCUCUUUUUUUAUUUAUUUUUUUAUCUGCUUUUCACUAAAGGUUUGUUUUAUCCACACUACAAAAAAAAAACACGCAAAAAAAAAAAACAGCAUUAUUGGUUUGGAUUAGCUUUUACAUGGCAGCUUCACCGUAUUCUUGCUGCACUGUGGGAAAUCACUCAGUAUUUUACCUCUCCCUAGCAAUCUAUUGUGUAUGUUUUUGGAAAUAGCUUUUUAGUACAACGCCUAAAGUUAGGGCACAGAUUAACACGGCUUCCUUUCCUGUGUCCUUUUUCGCUCAUUGUUCUUUAUUGUGUUUAAAAAAAUAUAUAUACAUAAAAAAAAAAAAAAGCUGUCAUGGACUCUUGCGGCUGUAGAGGAUCUCAGCGUGAAGCUUUAAGGACAGCCAAUAAACGGCCUUUUGAUAUUGAACUUUGAUACGGACACGUCAUGACUGUAGCCACUAUGAAAAAAAAAAAAAAUACCUGGAGCCAAAUGUUUUAUUCACAGUGGUGUUGAUGUUUUUAUGCUAACAUGUGCCUUGCAAUAUUUGUUAUUUGUUAAAAAAAAACAAAAAAA